AUGGGAAGACCACCGAGCAUCAUCAUCGUUGUCAGGUACGGUAUAUCUGUGUACAUAAGGGAUGCUUCAUCCGCUAACUUCACUCCCAUCAGGCAUGGUGCCCGACUGGAUGCGGCUGAUAAACAGUGGCAUCUUACCUCGCCAACACCAUACGAUCCGCCUUUGACGUACGGCGGCUGGAACCAGUCCCGUGCUCUGGGAGUUCGCAUCGGGACGCUUCUACAGUACCGUGAACUCCACAGGUGUCUCCCCUCCUCUCUGUCCUCUGAUGGCCUGCCGGAAAGCGGCCACCCCAGCCGUCAAAUCCAGUCUCCAUGCAGUGCGCAGGAACAAGAGCCGCGAAAGCAUCGUAUUAUCAUUCAUUCAUCGCCCUUUCUUCGAUGUGUCCAAACAGCCAUAUCAUUAAGUGCGGGGGUCAGUCAGUCGAAGCGUAUUCCAGCAGACUCGUCGCCUCACCAAUGGCCCCAGUCUGGUACCCCCCUACCAACGAGCCACCGCCGCUGGCGUUCCACUUCCCCUCGGCCACAGCGUCAGGAUUCGCCUCAGCUGGCCCCCAUACAAGAGCCCGGAGAAAACGCAGGUGAAGCUGCUCAUGGGAAAGAAAAAGUUUCCCCGCCAGGUGAAAAGCAAUGUUUACUCCGCCUGGACGCUUGUCUAGGAGAAUGGCUGACACCAGAUUACUUUGACACAAUCACACCACCGCCUGGGUCGGUCAUGAUGCUUGCAGGGGCAAAAUCAAGCUUGCUUCGACAAGAAGACUCUGUACCAUCGGAUAUAACUCCUCAGUCGGUCCGUGGACAUUUCCCCGGAGGCUGGAACGGAUUCUCUGCCAACAGUACUGCGGAAAACGGAAAAGGUGACGAGAAUAGCCCCCCAGCAACAGCUGCCUUCUCAGGAGGCAUGACAGAUAUUCUAGAUACCGCCGCUGAUAAGCCAGCCAACCUCCAAGGCUUAUCUAAACUGUCGACCACCUCCCAGACACAUAACGACAAUGAAUACAUCCCCCCAACGCCCACAUAUGCCAUAUCUCCCUCCGACCCUAUUCCCGCGGGGUAUGUAGCUCACGCGCGGGAUGCAUGUAUCGACGUAGACUACCAGUGGGACAGCAUGAGGGCCCCCCUGGAUUGGGGCAGUGGUGGGGAAUACGGUGAGGAGUGGAGCUCCAUGCACCGCAGAUUUCGAAGCGCGCUCGAGAGGAUGGUUAACUGGUACAAGGCCGGUGAUAGUAGAAAAACCAAAAGGCGGCUGUCUCACAGAGAGGAAUCUCAAAUGGCCUCUGACGAUACCCUGGCUACAGAUGAGGAUGACGAUACUGACACAGUCCUCAUAAUCGUUACUCACGGAGCUGGGUGCAACGCCAUCGUUGGUGCUCUGACCAACCGACCCGCCCUACUAGAUGUUGGCAUGGCUUCCUUGACACUCGCCGUUCACAGGAGCUGUAUUACGGGUGAUGAAAACGCCGUCAUUCAACCUACACCAACACAGAGGAAAUCAGGUAGCUCUAACGAGUUGUCGGAUGAGUAUGAAGUAAGGCAUGCCACCCCAGGCCUAUGGGGGUCUACCCCCGCUGCCGAACCCGUUGAUGAUAUUAUGCCAAACUUUGAGGGAUCUAAUAGCGACUCAAGAGGCAUUGAAGAUGCUGCAAAUACAAGAAACAAUGCUGUGGAUGGUGCACCACAGCGCGCGAAAUCCCAGCAUGGGCUCUGGAGUUCCCGUAGCCGCGAGCCAACCGCAAAGAGACGCUGGACGGUCACUGAACGAGGAAUAUGA